AUGUUGGGGUCAGCAAGCGUUCUGGAUUCCAUUCUUUGGGACGAACAGAUGGAUGGAGGGUGUCUGGCUAAAAACGUCGCUGUCACGGUCACCGUUGCCAAAGCGUCGGGAGAGAUGGAGAGCGGAGACCCGGCCCUGCGCACCAAGCGACGGCAAGUAACGGUGCCGAUGAUGCCCAAAACAAACCUGAAGCUCCCAUCCAGAGAGGCACCGGGUCAAGUAGCCCCGAGUAUGGAUUUCAUCACUGCUGAAGAUUCGAUACUGAUACUAACUGGGUAUUGUACAACGGUGCAUCGUUAUCAUCGUCAGGAUCGUCUCCAGUUUUCUCUGAUCCUCAUCAAGGGUUUGACAGCAAAGGGGCAAGAACACGUCCGUGCGACAAUUCAACCCACGACACUACGAACCCAACCCCAAAAACAUUUCGGCUACUGCAACGAAGAUCGUUGA